CCCGAUUGCGUGUCAAUUCAUCUGUUUAUAAAAAUAAUAAUAUAAAUAUAAUAAUAUAAUAAUAAUAACAUUAAUAAUAUUGACAGCCGUGUCACCUGAGGUGGUCUCGUCUACAGAGAAAGAGGGGAAUCGAGACUCGAGAGGGAGGAAAGGAAAGGUAAAGUGUGCUGGAUCGAGAAGCAGCCGAAGCGAAGAAGUCCUUUACAACGUCCUGGGGAAAUUUCGGUUUGGUGUCAAUUAGUUGGUUGGCAUCUGCGUUUAAUAAAUAGGAAGUACUACUAGCCAGGCGGGCAGGGGUGAAGAGAGGAAGAGGAGAGCAGCGGAGAAAGGAGAGGGAGAUGGCGGAGAUCGUGGAUUGGGAAUCGCUGGCAGAGGCGACGUCUGGGGCGGUGGGGGCGCUCGUCAGCACCACCGUGCUCUAUCCCCUCGACACCUGCAAGACCAGAUACCAGGCCGAAGUCCAAUCCCACGGCCAACGCAAGUACAGGAACCUUUCAGAUGUCUUAUGGGAGGCGAUUUCAAGGCGCCAAGUUCUUUCUCUCUAUCAGGGACUUGGCACAAAAAACUUACAAUCUUUCAUAUCACAAUUUGUCUAUUUUUAUGGUUAUAGUUAUUUCAAACGACUUUACUUAAAGAAGAGUGGCACUAAAUCUGUCGGAACAAAAGCCAACUUGGUAGUUGCAGCGGCUGCUGGUGCUUGUACUGCUAUUGUGACGCAGCCAUUGGACACUGCAUCUUCCAGAAUGCAAACAAGUGCUUUUGGAAAAUCGAAAGGAUUGUGGGAGACACUUGCAGAGGAUUCAUGGAUGGAAGCCUUUGACGGCUUAGGCAUAUCUCUUCUCUUGACUUCCAAUCCUGCUAUUCAGUACACAGUAUUUGAUCAGCUGAAACAAAGACUUUUGCAGAGGCAGAGAGCUAAAGAUUCGCCAUCAUCUACAGAAUCUUCUCCGGCUGCUCUUUCUGCUCUCUCAGCUUUCAUACUCGGGGCCAUUUCGAAGAGUGUAGCGACCAUACUGACAUACCCAGCAAUCCGGUGUAAAGUCAUGAUUCAGGCUUCUAAUUCAGAAAACGGUCCGGACAAUGUUGGCGAAUCUAAAUCUGCAAAGACGAUGAUGGGUGCAUUGAGUGUUAUAUGGAACAGGGAAGGAAUUCCAGGCUUCUUCAAAGGGUUGCAGGCUCAGAUUUUGAAGACUGUUUUGAGUUCCGCAUUGCUGCUGAUGAUAAAGGAGAAGAUCUCGAGGUAUACUUGGAUCUCGAUGCUUGCUCUUAGGCGGUAUCUCUUGGUUUCUCAGAAAAGAAUAAAGAGUGCGUGAUUAUAUGCAUCAACACAUUUAGUUUUAACGGUAUAAAAGAAACUAAGAUUGCUGAUUGAACUGGUAAGUGAUGUUAGUUUCUAUCGGAGCAAUAAGUGAAUGAAAAGGCAAAAGACUUUUUGAAUCUUCCCUAA